CCCGAGUCCCGCCCGCUCUAGCCCAGGUCCCCGAACCCCGUCCCGGCGCCGGCAUUCGCGGCUGUCGCUGCAGCCGCCUCCGGAGCCGACUCGGGCAGCCCGGUUCCUGGCGUCCUUCGUUGUCCCCUGUCGCCUUCACUGAAGAUGAGUCCCUGCGCGGCCGCGCGCUUUCCCAGCGGAGACCCCCGGCGCACCUUCAUCUAGCGACUGGUCACCCUCGCAAUUAUGGAUAUUUGAAAGGCUCAGACGGUGUGGAGGGGGAGUUCCCCUCCUCACUCCCCCUUGGUGCUUGACUCUAGGAAUAAUUUCUAAACUGGGAUUUUUUUUUAAAUGAAGAACUUGUAUUUGAUAUGAACUUUAUAGAACUAUUUAUAACUUUUUGAUUGAAGUGCCAAAAGAUUAUACAAAGAUAUAUAGUUUUAUAUAAUUGUUGUGACUAUUUAAAUACCCCAAAGGGUCAUAUCUUCUUGGUAAUUCUUCUGAAUAUUAUCUUUGGGUCCUAUCUUUUUCAUUUUUAAAAUUCACUUCAGUGACUCUUCUGAAGGAGUAAGCAAUACAAAAGCAAUUAUGAUGGAUUCUGCCACCCCUGACUGCACAUCAAAAUGCCGAUCGCUGAAGCAUGCUUUGGAUGUCCUUUCUGUGGUAACAAAGGGGAGUGAGAACCAGAUCAAGGCCUUCCUCUCCAGUCACUGUCACAAUGCUGCAACUGUCAAGGAUGCCUUUGGUAGGAAUGCCCUGCACCUGGUCUCCUCCUGUGGGAAGAAAGGAGUGUUAGAUUGGCUUAUUGAGAAAGGAGUGGAUUUGCUGGUGAAAGACAAGGAGUCAGGCUGGACAGCAUUGCACAGGAGCAUUUUUUAUGGACAUAUUGAUUGCACUUGGUCUCUGUUGAAGCAUGGUGUUAGCUUGUAUGUGCAAGAUAAAGAAGGAUUGUCACCUUUGGAUCUUCUAAUGAAGGACAGGCCAAAUCACGUUGUGUUUAAGAACACUGAUCCCACAGAAGUCUAUACUUGGGGAGAUAACACAAAUUUUACUCUGGGUCAUGGAAGCCAGAAUAGCAAGCAUCAUCCUGAGCUGGUGGACCUGUUCUCCAGGAGUGGGGUUUAUGUCAAGCAGGUGGUGCUUUGCAAAUUUCAUUCAGUGUUUCUGUCCCAGAAAGGGCAGGUUUAUACCUGUGGGCAUGGUCGUGGUGGACGGUUAGGCCAUGGAGAUGAACAGACAUGCCUG